AACGCGUUUUGCACUGUUUUGUCCCCGGUAAGCUUCCGUAGUUAGCUAAUUGCUCUCUACUGUCACCGAGGGACACCAACUACCACCUUUAAAAACACGAUUUUACCAGUAAACACAUCUUUGUGCAACCAACUAACUGCUUUGGUCGCCAACGAGAGAUGUCUCCUAAACCUUUGGCACCACUGGCCAAAAAAUUGAUGAAGGUCGUCAUUGUUGUUGAGCUACUUGGAAUCUUUGGAGCCUACAAGCUCUUUGACAUGAUGAACAGCAGCCAAGAUUUGAGGAGCAGGAUGAGCAGAAGGUUUCCAGCCAUUCUAGAAGUUUACUACAAGUCCAAUGAGCUGGCGGGUGUUCACGGCAUUCGGGAGAGAGACCAACUGGACUGGAUGGCCACACGGGACUGACAACUGCUUCCUGUUCCUGUUCCCACCCACCGUCUUGGGUCAGCCCAUCUGCUUCCUCUUGUUGAAGUUUGUCUUCCCGUGGACGUUGCGGUCCGGUCGUCAUGUUGGGUGUCCCACUUGAGCAUCACAGGACCGCGGCGUGAAUGGUUAACGUGCGACUUGCUCACUCGGGUGCCGCUGCAUGGAAACCGGGGAUGCGCUGGAAGGACUUUCACAACAAGUUUGUAGGAUGUUGACUCAGACGUCACCAGCGUCGGCCAUGCUGGUUGUUUGUUUGCACAUGUAGUACAAAUAAAGCAAGACGUAUACAUACGUAUUCACAGUACAUAAGUAUUCAUAGCCUUUGUGCCAUGGACCACUCCAUCCAUACCAUAAACCCACCCCCACAUAAACUGCACAUUUUUUGAGAGGCCUUUUAUUGUGGCCAGCCUAAGUCACACCUGUAAAAAUAGGAAGUAUACAUAUGUAUAUUGACAUUACCAUAUGUGUGUAAUAUUUCCAUAUCAUUUCAAUAUGUUGACAUGUCAACCAGCCCUUCUAUUGCAAAAGCAACGGCC